AUGAGCGCGUCAACUCGUCCAUGCCUCCCCUCGCGCCCCGCAGAUGGCCUUUCGCGAGCGAUUUCAAGGCUCGAGGGCCGCUGUGAAGAGCUCGAGAGAAGCGUCCGCGCAGAGUCGGAAGCGGCGAAGGCAGAGGUUGGGCGGACGAAGGUUGCGGAAGCACGGUUCGCCAGGCUUCUCGCGUGGGCGAGGGAAGAGGAAGCGGACCGGCUGCGGGCGGAGGAGGCCCUAGGGAAGGCGUGUGAGUCUCGACAAGUUCUGGAGGCUAGAGGCAAGGCCCUAGAGGAGGAGGCGCACGAGAGCAAGCGGCAGCUUGACGAACGUCGGCUGAAGAUGGAGGGUGCGUUGGAGGAUCUCCGCAGACGCACUGCAGAGAACGAAAGGCUCGAGGCGCAGGCGAAGACCCUAGGGGGACAAGUGGACGCGCUCCGAGAAUUGGCAGACGCGCGAGGGCUGGAGGUCAAAGAAAUGCGGGAGAAAUUCGCACGGCUUGUGAAGGAGGCCAAGCGCAUGUCACAAGAAAAUGUAGACCUUCGCAAGCACAUGAACUCAGAACAGGAGCGCUGGCGUGCGGCCGAACGAUCGAGAGCCAAACAGGACGAGCGGCGACGGAUCGAAUUGGACCAGAAAUGCGAUGAUUUGCACGCGCUUCGAUACAGGGUGCAAGAGCUGGAGGCGAGACUCACGAGAGAAACGACGCGGCGACAUGGAGCUGAGGAGGAUGCACGGCGCAGUCAGGAGAUGGAGCGGAGAAGUAUGGAUGAGUUGCUGGAGGGCAGGAAGGCCGCACUAUCCGUCCAGACAAGGAUAGGACUGGCCCAAUCCCAUCCUUACCACUCUGGGCCUGCUGCCGGUGGGCAAACCCCUGCCCCCGAACACGCUUGGAAACCCUGGGGUAGCCGCGACAACGCCACAGGAGGUACUGCCACCACGGCUGCGAUGACGAGCGGCGCUCGAUCAUCCACGAUAUCUGAUGCUUUCCAUCCUGGCGGCCGGGCACUACACGAAGAGAGCGAAGACCACCCGGGUGAUCAUUGCCGAUGGCAAGACCACGCAACGAGUCGAGGCAGAGACCGAAAUGGCCUUUCACCUUCGGCGGCUAUCGUGCCCCCGCCACCGCCGUUGCGCCCUCCCCCUCUGGUCUCCGCCGCAGCCUUGCGGGCGUCUUUGAGAGGGCCUGGAGGCCAGCGAUCGCCGUCUCCAGCGGUUGGUUCCAUAGGAGUGGGGUUGAAGCCAUCUGCGCAGCCCCGGGCGCAUGCUCGCAGCCCGAAGGGAUUGGAUAACAGUCGCGCAGGGGCGCGUCCUCGACCGCAGCCGAGGCGAGCCCCUAGCGAGGAUGAUUGUGACCAUUGUGCUGGUAAUGGCGAAGCCGCCAUCAAACUUUCGACAAGGGAUGGUGUCGGGGAGGGUGUUGAGUGCGGGUCGGAUGAGGAAGGAGGGGAGUGGUGGGCAGGGGGUGGUGAAAUGCAAGAUUUGAAUGGCAAACCAUCGGGGCUGAAGGACACGCCUCUGCACGUGGUGUCGCUGUAA